AUGGGGUUUGGACCAUCAUUUUGGAGUCAUAGUCUAGUAGCAGUUGUAUCCGUUCUUCUUACCUCGGCUAUAUGGUUAACGGCAUAUUUCGCAGGAAUCCAACCAAAUUUAAACAAGGGCAUAACCAAUAACAACAUAACGAAUAAUUAUUGCAAUUCUACGAGUCAAACUUGCCAAAAGGCGGAAAUGCCAAAAUGUGCCGAUACUUGCGAGUUUGUGAUUUGCGAAUCAAUCCCGGCUGGAAUGCAAUUUGAUCCGAAAUACCCUAUAUUCAACACUACCACGGAUUGCUGGCUUAGAUUGAUGCAAGAGGCGAAACAGGAAAUUCUCAUCGCUAGCUAUUAUUGGAGUCUACUUUUGAAGGAUGCCGACGGAUUUACCGAUGAUAGAGCGAAUACCAGUUUCAAUGGCCAAUUAAUAUACGAUACACUUUUGAAAACCGCCGUCGAAAAGAAUAUACCUAUUCGAAUCGCGCAAACUUAUGACAAAGAUGGAUAUGUUGAAACCGCUGAUUUAGUAACAAAUUCCAAAGGAAAGAUUGAAGUGCGUUCGUUGGACUUCACACAAUGGUAUCCGGGAGGAAUUCUACACACGAAAUCAUGGUCGGUGGAUUCAAAUCACUUCUACAUCGGAUCAGCCAACUUUGAUUGGAGAUCGCUGACGCAAGUGAAAGAGCUGGGAAUCGCUGUAUUCAACUGCCCAUGUAUGGGAGAGGACUUGAAAAAACUACUAGAAAUCUACUGGCAGAUGGGAGCUCCCGGAGCCAAACUUCCACAACAAUGGGAUUCGAAGUUAGCGACACCAGCGAACCAUGAAAAUCCUAUGAGCGUGAAUCAGCCUACGGGAAACGAAGCUAUCUACAUUUCGGCUUCUCCACCUGGUUUCCAAGCUUGUGGAAGAGAAGAUGAUCUAGCUGCUAUGAUAAAAUCGAUCGACGAUGCAAAGGAAUAUCUAAACAUGGCAGUCAUGGAUUAUUCGCCAACUACACUAUACAUGAAAAAUGCGAACAAGUGGAUGCCGGCAUUGGACAACGCGAUUAGAAGAGCAGCAUUCGAAAGAGCUGUUAAAGUUAGAUUCAUGCUUUCACUGUGGCCUCACACUUACAAUGACGCUUAUGGGUUGAUGUAUUCGCUUCAAGACAUUUCAAAAAACUUGCCGUGUUAUCAAUACAAAAAUGAUAUUUGCACAAAAAAGGGAUCUAUCGAAGUCAGGUUCAUAGAGGUUCCGUCAAUGAAAGAUAUAUACGGAGAUAUUCCGUAUGCUCGAGUUUAUCAUAAUAAAUACUUCACAACCGAAUCUACUGCAUACAUAGGCACAUCUAACUGGUCAGCAGAUUACUGGGAAUACACCGCCGGGAUCGGAUUUAUUAUCCGCGCGGACGACACUUCCGUCAAAUCCAGACUAGUUCAAGAUUUGACUUCAAUUUUUGAAAGAGACUGGAAUUCGAUUUAUACAAUUCCGCUCAAUCAAUUUGACAUUUCGGGUAACAGGACAACAAUUGUCUAA